GAAAGUUUUUCCACACCAACAGAGGCGAUCAUCUCAUCGAUCAUCGGCGACAUCCGGCUUCGAAGAGAGUAAUCGGCACCCUGCCGCCGCCGGAGUCGUCCAGGCUUAUCGUGAACAGCAGCAGAGCUUCUCCUUUUGAACCGCGAGACAUGCAAAUUGUGAAGUGAAGAGGCCGAUUACUUCAGCUUUGACGAUGAAGAGCUUUGGUUGCAGGUACAUCUCCUCUUCAUCAUACAAACGAGUGUCAAGUCCUCUAGUUUUUUUAAGGUAAGUUUUCUUAACUGCUUUAGUUAGUAUAGGUUUGGUCAGUUGGAUUUAGUUAGUUUGGUUAUAAUAAAUGUGUAAUCACUAGUUUAUAGGUGAGUUAGUAGUAAUUGCUUUGAGCUGGUUAGAUAGAGAGGAAGGUGUGAUGAAUGCUUGUCAUGUCUGUAUGGUUGUGUUUGUGAUCAAUGCAAUAUCACCAAAAUGGCAUUGUUCUUUUUCUUUGCAACUUCUUUCUUCUUCAUUGAAGACAUACAUUUGCCUCUUAAAACUAGUUCAUCGUGUCUAUUUCUUCUUCUCAUUAGUGUUCUUUGUUCUCGGUCCUUCUUCCAACUUUGUUCUGUUUUCACUUUCUUUUCUCUCCUCUUUGUUGUCUUUGUCUUCUUUCUUCUUUGUCUUUCUUUCUUUCUUUCCCGGAGAUGUCUUCAUAUCCUUUCACUCAGCCUUCUUCUCUUGUUGAACUGUUAAACAGUCAACAAGAUAGCAUCUCUAGCUACCCAUGUGUUGCGCUUGGGUCGUCUCAGCCACCAGUGUUCACUUCGCAAGCUUCCCAGGGUGAUGCAAGCUUCGAUGAAGACUCCCAUAAGGAAAGAACUGCGAGGAGACAAUGGACGCCGGUUGAAGAUAUAAUCCUGAUCAGCUCCUGGCUCAACACAUCAAAAGAUCCUGUUGUUGGAAACGAGCAGAAAUCAGGAACCUUUUGGGAGAGAAUCUCAAACUACUUUGCUGCAAGUCAAAAGCCAUCAGGAACUGUUAACCGCGAAGCCAUUCAAUGCAAGCAGCGUUGGCAGAAGAUUAAUGAAGCUGUAUGUAAAUUCAGUGGUUGCUACGAUGCUGCAACAAGGGCGAGGACUUCAGGCCAAAACGAGAAUGAUAUUCUCAAAAUGGCACACGAGAUUUACUUCAAUGACAACAAGAAGAAGUUCACAAUGGAACAUGCUUGGAAGGAGCUGCGUUUUGAUCAAAAAUGGUGUGAUCAAACAAGUGCAAAAAAAGAAGGCAGUUGUAAACGACCAAGGUUUGAAGAUGGAGGUCAGUCCCACAACAUCAAUGCUGAGCCAAUUGAUGUUGAAACCGCAAAAAGGCCUGCUGGGGUUAAGGCCGCGAAGGCGAAAGGGAAGAGUCCUACCGUGGAUCCAAUAGUUUUUUCACAGUUUCAGAACAUGUUGCAAAUGAAUGAGAAAGAUAUGGUCACCAGGGAGAGACUGUUGAGAAUGUCCAUGCUUGACAAUCUCCUUGCCAAGAAAGAGCCCUUGACUGAGUCUGAAGAAGUUUUGAAGCAAAAUCUUAUAACAGAAUUGAUCUGACCGAGUACUAAGUUUGUUGUUUGAGUCUUCCAGUUUGUGUCAAGUUUGAGUCAAAAUCGUCUAUUCUCUAUGUCAAGUUUGUUAUCUGUGGUUUAAGUGCUUAUCUGUUUUAGUAGUUGUAACGUAUUUAAGAAGUUGGUGUGUCUUUAUGUUUGGUUUUAGAUUUAACAAGUAUGGACUUUAUGAACUAUUGACCUUUAAGUGUUGCUGAUCUGACCAUAUUCUUCUCUCAUAUGUCUUAAAUGCUUCUUAUGCGUAAUUACCAAGGUUAGUAUAUUUAUGUUUAUCAAGUCUCUCUUUCCUCUUCAUUGCUUUGUAACUAUAUGCAUAUUCUUCUCUCAUAUUUAUGCAUAUUCUUCUCUCAUAUGUUUUAAAUGGUACAAAUUCUGUUUCAGGAUACCAAUAUGGCAUCAAAGGCUUCUCGUGACAGAAAGAAACAAUGGCAGUAAAGAAGACAAUGGACUUAUGCAGGGAGUACCAUCGCGUGACACAAGAAAACAAAGACAUGAAGAAAAAAUGGGUCGUUUUGCUGUAGUUAUUUUGGGGUUUUGUAAAUGGCGUUUAGUGAUUUUGUCAA